AUGAAUCAAUGGCAGAUUGGUGAUGUGAAAAUCACGCGGGUAGUUGAGAUGGAAGUUGCCGGAGGGACUAAAUUCAUCCUGCCUGAUGCGACCCGUGAUGCGAGCCUGGAACAUGAUUGGAUGCAGCCGCAUUUUAUGGAUGAGGAAGGCAACCUGAUCAUGAGCAUACAUGCGCUCAUAGUGGAUACCGGCAGCCGACGGAUCAUCGUGGACACCUGUAUAGGUAACGACAAACAGCGCAACGUACCCGCAUGGAGCAACCUGCAGACUCGUUUUCUGGAUGAUCUGGCAGAAGCAGGUUAUCCGCGUGAGUCGAUAGAUACCGUGAUGUGCACGCAUCUGCACGUCGAUCAUGUCGGUUGGAAUACCAUGCUAGUAGAUGGGCUAUGGAUACCAACCUUUCCCAAUGCCAGGUAUCUGAUUGCUGAGGAAGAAUGGCGCUAUUGGGACGCUAACGAAGAUGAAGAUACUUAUGGACCGAUACUCGCGGAUUCAGUGCGGCCCGUUGUUGAUGCCGGCGUCGUAGAUCUUGUCAGUGAAACCUUUCAGAUUUGCCCUGAAGUUCAACUGGAACCUACGCCGGGACAUACACCGGGCCAUGUGAGCGUGCAUAUCAGUUCGAAUGGCGCUGAAGCGUUGAUUACCGGAGACUGUAUUCAUCAUCCCGUGCAGAUGUCGCGUACGGACUGGUGCAGUUCUGCUGACUACGAUCAGAAUGCAGGCCAGCAAACGCGAGAAAAGCUGCUGGAAAAAUAUGUAGAUCAGGAUGUUCUGAUCAUAGGCACGCAUUUCGCCACGCCUACAGCAGGACACGUGAAGCACUUGCAGGGCGGUGGGUACUGGUUGGAUGUUAAAUGA